AGACAUAACUUACAUCUGUUGUGUGUUUAUAGGUAAAGAAGCCAACAAUGAGCACUUGUGAACUUAAUCUCUCCGUCUUUGAUGAACUCAGUAAUGAUGCUGUGACUGGACUGAGGGAGGUGACAGCUGUUGCUGAAGCACUGACUGAAAGAGAGUCUGUGAGCACUGAGACACCUUCAGAUGGGUUGGAAAAUAAGUGCCCAGAUGAUGAUAAGCAGCAGGAGUGCAGUUUGGCUAAAGAGCCAUCACAAAAUCUGAUCUGCUCAGCCUGUAGGUGCCCCUUUAUUAAUCGUGAAGAACAGGUGGAACACUACAAGCUUGACUGGCAUCUGUUCAACUUGAAACGAAAGAUGACAGGUUUGCCGCCGGUCACAGUGGAGGACUUUGAAAAGAAGACUGGAGCUGGAGAUCUGUCAAGUAUCUCAGGCUCCGAGUCUGAUUCAGAAGACUCGGACAGUGAUGUUACUCAGCUGUCGGCUGGCGAGAGCUCCAGUGAAACCAGUUCCAUCCCUGGCCGGCUUUCCAGCAAGGUGGUAUUGCAGAAUUCUGCAGGACAGUAUCUUGCGGUCUACCGCUGCAUUCUUCAGGGAAAAAAAUCAGAAGGUGAGCAGGACGUGGCUCUCUCUCUGAAGUCCAUAACCCAGAAGACCGUGUGGGUCAUUCUGAUGACAGGUGGGGGGCACUUUGCUGGCGCUGUGUUCCAAGGAAAAAAUGUUCUUCACCACAAAACUUUACACCGGUACACAGUGCGAGCAAAGUGUGGCACCGCUCAAGGACUCAGAGACGCUAAGAACGGCUGUACUAAGUCAGCUGGAUCUGCUCUGAGGAGAUACAAUGAGGCAGCGCUGGUCAAGGACAUUCAGUAUCUGCUGCUAAGCUGGGCUGAACAUUUGAAGGAGGCCUCUGCUAUAUUCAUACGAGCUCCUAGUUACAACAAAACCAUCUUUUUUGGUGGUCGUACACCUCUGCUGGCCAAGCGGGACAGCAGGAUCCGCACGCUCCCCUUUCCCACACGCAGGGCCACCUUUCAUGAGGUGCAGAGAGUGCACGAGCUACUAUCCACCAUUCAGCUUUAUGGGAAAGACACGGACAUGUCUGUAGUUUUCAGUCCAACCAAGAAAGUGUGGAAAAAACCCAUCAAUCCUACAGUACAAAUAAGCAGUGAAGAGAAGGCAGCAGCAGCAGCAGACUGUAACCCUGACAGCUCAGACAAGGAUGAUGAUGGACUACUUGAGAUGGUGGAGCUAACGCUUACAACUCUGGAUCUGAGGGAGUCUGAAGUCCAACCCUCCAGACGCAAGAGGAGGAACAGGAGAAAGAAGGACGAACCCAAAAUCCAAAAUGAGGAAUUGAGAGUAGAGAGUCAUGAUGAGGAAGCAGUGAAGGUGCAAGAAGAUGCAGUUGCAGAAGACAAGCCUCCAGAGACACAAUCGAAGCAGAAGAGGAAACCACAGAGUAAGAAGCAAAUGAAAGACACUGUGGAUGAGUCUUGGGAGUACGGCCUGAGGGACGUGCUCUUCACAGCCUGUAAAGUCGGGGAUGUGGACACACUGUUUCGCCUUCUCCAGCUGCCUGAGGAAACUGCAGACUGUCCACAGGGGUCAGAGGGUGACAUGUUAAACAAACAUUCUUCAGGUGAACUGAGUCCACUGAGUCUCCUCAACAAACCCAUAGACUCAUCAGGGUUCACCUUACUGCAUGUUGCCUCAGCAGCUGCGCAGAAGGCAGCGGUGAGGCUGCUGAUGGAUGCCGGAGCCGAUCCAGCUUGCAGGGAUAAUAAAGGUCAGACCCCCUACAUUGUCGCUCCUGACAAAGACACCAGGAAUGUAUUUCGUAAAUACAUGGGCGAGAAUCUUGACAAAUACGACUACUCUAAGGCUCAGGUUCCUGGUCCUCUGACAGCGGAGAUCGAAUCCAAACAGAAGGAGAAAAAGAAGGCCCAGAAGGCUUUGAGGAAGCAAAGAAUAAAAGAGCAGAAGGAGGAGGACAGGAAGCAGGAGCUGGAGGCGGAAGAAAAGAAGAGGUUUGCGUCUUUGACUGAUCGUGAAAAGAGAGCGCUGGCAGCAGAGAGGAGGUUAGCAGAGCAGGUAGCUGCAGCAGGAGUAGGCAUCUCAAAUACGAAGAGGUGCUGGAUGUGUGGCGAGUCUCUACUUGGGAAGAUCCCAUUUCACUACCUGGAUUAUUCCUUCUGCACCCCUCGCUGUGUCCAAGCACACCGAAAAGCUAACACCCCUCCAGCCAAGACAUAACAAAUGUGCAAAGUUUUUAUUUUUU